AUGGCUGCAGAUUCAGCUGGAAGCCCUCGGCAACCUCCUGGUGACAUGUUGCCGCGAGACAAUAAUCUAUUGAGCUCGGUAAUCUCCACGAACAACUCUGUCUACUUGUACACUCCCACGGAGCUGCUCAGCCAAAGAGCUAACCUCAAUGCGUCUGGGAAUUGGUUUACCGUGAGCAAAUCAAACCGGCCGAACGACGCAUACUUCAGCAUCGAGCAAGAUGGGUCCACAGAUAGCUCAAUGGACGGCUGGCCCAGCGAGAGCUACGUAGAGCUGCAAAAAGCAAAGCGGUUACUGGUAGGCUUCGGCAAUGUCGAUCCCCAAAUGAGAGCGUACAAUUUCUCUGGUGACGAAAGCUUGGUCUUCCCAGCUGGCUAUCUUUCAUCGGCAGCAAGAUUGACAGCAUCUGCGACUGCUGCACAGUCAAUCGGCCAGUACAAUAACUCAUGGGCGCUGUCCAAUAUUGCGUCCACUUCCACACCCGCGAUGUUGGACGAGGUCGGGAACAUCACGGCUUGUGGUGCCUCACCUUUCUUGAACCAGACUUUGAACAAUACAGACGCGGGCACGAACUACGUUCCUUAUCAGAAUUUCGUGUAUGCCCAUGUCUGGUCGUGGAGCGGCGCUAGAGAGCCAAUGUACGCCAAUUCAUCGAGCCAAGAUAAUGGCCAGGAGUUCUCCUGCGCAGCUGUGAAUGCGACAAGUGGCGGCUGGCAGGCUGUCAACUGCAACAAUGCUCACCAUGGUGCGUGUCGCGUUGGGACCAAACCUUACGACUGGAGGAUUACCGGACAAGAAGGCAUUUAUCGGCGCAUUGAUGCAGGAUGUCCCGACGGAUCGACGUUCGAUGUCCCUCGUACAGCACUAGAAAACACAUACCUCCUCAAUACCUGGCGAGAUCAUCUCAGGUCGAAUGACGAUCCGGACUCCGACGAUCGACUGCUUUGGGUCAACUUCAAUGACCUCGAUACCACGGCUUGCUGGGUCAUCGGACAGAAUGCAACAUGCCAGUAUCAACCUGGGUCUCCCGUAGACAAAGGACGUGCGAUCAUCGUGCCCACCGUUGCCGGAAUUGUGGUGCUCGUCCUGGCUGUCUUGACCAUCUUCACCAAAUGUGCUGCGAACCGGCAGAACUCGAAGAGGCGGAGAAGAAGGGCAGAUGAUGGAUUCAACUAUGAGGGCGUACCUUCAUAG